AUGAAACUACAAGUUCACAUAAAAGAUAGAAUGUUUACUAUUAAUUGCGGAGAAGGCGCAUAAAAAAUAAGAUGGCUAGGAGAUGUGGCAGUAUUUAGAUAUGAACAUUUUUAUGGUAAUUUAAGUGGAACUCCUAAAGGUGUUAGGUUUGAAAGCGGAGAUUUGUUACCAAUGGAUGGAAUUAUUUCUGAUCAUUUGCAAGAUGAUUCACAUGUUUGGGUUAUACUAAAAGAGGACAUGGAAGGAUUAGGUAUAUAGAAAGAUAAAAAAGGAGGAGUUCCUGAUAAAAGUGGAAGCAAUUUUAGAAUCAGACCAAAUACAGCUGCAGUAACUAAGAAGAAGUGA